UUUUAUUUCUAAACUUUGCAACACUGUCUAUAAUCGAACUUGCUAUAUUUGACAUUCUUUUCUAAAAUUUGACAUCAUUGAGUGAGACUUCGACGAUUUGCAUUUAAUUUAUCUUAUAUAUUGUCCAAAUUAAAAGCUAAAUGGAAAUUUCAAAUGGCGUUUUGGAGCGACUCAGAACCAGUGGCGAUGGAAUGGAAGAAGAACAAACUAAUACGUGUAAGGAAGCAAACGUCAAAUCACGUUAUGCCGUUCGUCGACCAACUAGUGCUACCAUACAUGAAAAUGUUCACAAAAAAUCCACAAAUAACAGUUCAACAUGCCUAAACGACCAACUCCUACAGUCUGGUCUGCAAACACUUUAUCGCCGAUACGAAGGACCAUGUAGUCUUGCACCAGUCUUACCAGGAGGUAAAUUGAUUCAAAUGAUCCCUCAUUUAGUCAAAUCAGUCAAAUCCACGGGUACACAUAAGAAAAAUAAACCUCCAAAAUUUAUACCAUAUGAGCCAUAUACAGGCGCAACAAGUUCCAUCGUAUCUACUCCAAACCCAAAAACAGCGAUGAAAAAUAAAAAUAAUUUAGAUAUAGGAGUACUUGUAAGUCAAAUGUCAACAAUGCGUACCAGAGAAUUAGGCGAUAAGAGCAGCGAGGAGUAUUGUGGUAACAGUUCUUUGGAUGUUAAAUUUGAGAAACUAAGAGAAGAACUCAGAAAAAUUACGGAGGAACGAGAUUAUUACCAAGGACAAUUUAGAUUUCAAACCCAAGUUAAUUCUGAAUUAAAAAAUUUGUUGGUAGCAUCUGUAGGUGAAGAUAUGCAGUCACAUGUUAAUGUGCUCACAGAAGACAAACUUCAGUUAGCACGCGCGUUGUUGGAUACCGCGAAAAAUUUAACAACGCAUACGGAGCAAAUUGAGUUUCUUGCGGGCCAGUGUGAAGUGUGGCGUUCCAAAUUUCUUGCUAGUAGCGUUAUGGUAGAAGAACUAGCACGAUGGAAAGCUGAUCUAAUACAGAAGAACCAAAUACUUGAAGAAUCCACUAAGCGAUUACUUCACGCAACACAUCAAAUCCGAGAAAUGCAGCUAGAAAUCUUAAAAAAUUUAAAAUUUGUUGCAAAGAUACGUUAUCUAAACCUUCCAAGUACUGAUGUAAUUAACCUUAGUGCCGAAAAUUUGAAUAUCGUACAUCAAAUGGUACUGCACUCUGGUGUUGGAAUUCCCGAAGGUGACAUAGAGAUUUUGAGCACUAGUAAAAAUCCUCUUUGUGAUGCUGAAAAAUAUGCAGUAAAGUCCUUACAAUUCAUUAGUCAGCCUUUAAUGGCUACGGAUGAAGCGAUAAAAGCUCUUUUUGGACAAGUCCAGCGACCAUAUAGUGGAAUAAAUGCACAUAGUUAAUUGAGAUUUUUUCUUCUGAGUAGAAAGGUUUUAAACUGUUUAUUAUUUAUUAGGUUGUAUACAUAAGUAAUUGAGAACAGGUAUGAGCAUUUUUUGCAAUUGAUUUAAUAAUUAUUUGAAAAAAUUUCAUAAAUUCGAAUUACUCCAAAAGAUGGUUUUAGUAGUUUGUAUCCGUAAGUACGGAAUUGAUUAAUUGGCUGUGUUGUUUGAGUAUGAAAAACUUUCGUCCCUUAAUAAAACGGGCAGAGGCAAUUUACUGUGAAAUAUUCCUCAUGCUUAUAGAUUAUGACACAUACCUAAAUAAACGCAGCACCUGCGCUGAGCGUUGAAAAUUUCAAGUUUAACAUCGCGGUAAAAAUGUUUUUAAUUUUUCUUCAAAAUUUAUUGACACGCGAUAUUUAAUGCUUGGAUAUAGUAUUUUCGAUAAAUUAGUUCAUUCUGCAUUUAAUUUCAUUUGUACUAAUUUUAGAAUUAAAGUGAGAAUUUGAAUUCAAGUUGUUUUCCGGUAACUUUGAUGAUCGUGUACUCAACGUUCUGGAAGGCCAAAUUAAUUAAAAUUGAUGAGUAAGACCGUCUUGUCUUCGAUUCAACUUUACUGUCACCAAUUGCUCCGUCUGAUGGAAGCAAUCGUCCAGAAGCGGCCAGCUAUGGGUUAAGAAAGGCUUUUUCCAGUAAAAACUUUGCUAGCUAGUAGCUAGUAACGUAUAGUAGUUAUGAAACAACCUUAAUCAUACUAUACCUAUUACAUACAUUCUAUUCUAUACAUAUGUAUGUACCUAUCUAAUUUUUUUCAAGUUUAAAAUUUUCUAAUCUAUUUGUAAAACAAUUGUAUGUGAUCUGUCAAAAUAGUUGUUUUUCACAAUUCGUAAAAAAUAUAUUGUUAUCAAUAAUAAAUGUCCUUUCUAAUACCAUACGACUGAUAGUAUGAAUAAAGUUCCAUGAUGAUCGGUUA